AAGCCGAGCAGAGCGACGAGGAGCUCCGGGCCGAGAUCCGCAAGGCAGAUGUGGUGUGCGUGGUGUACGACGUCUCCGAGGAGGGCGCCAUGGAGAAGGUCCGGAGCAAGUGGCUGCCCUUGGUGAACGGGGGCACUGAGACCGGGCCCAGGCCGCCUGUCAUCUUAGUGGGCAACAAGUCGGACCUGCGGCCGGGGGGCUCCCUGGAGUCUGUGCUGCCCAUCAUGAGCCAGUUCCCUGAGAUUGAAACCUGUGUGGAGUGCUCAGCCAAGACCCUGAGGAACGUCUCAGAGCUGUUCUUCUACGCCCAGAAGGCUGUCCUACACCCCACGGCCCCCCUCUAUGAUCCCGAGGCCAAGCAGCUGAGGCCCGCGUGUGUCCAGGCCCUCACACGCAUCUUCUGGCUGUUGGAUCAGGACCUGGACCAGGCGCUGAGCGACGAGGAGCUCAAUGCCUUCCAGCCGCCACGAGACCACGUGGACCAUCUUGCGGCGCUUCGGCUACAGCGACUCACUGGAGCUGACGGCCGACUACCUCUUCCCACCGCUCCACGUACCCCCGGGCUGCAGCACGGAGCUCAGCUACCUGGGCCAGCAGUUCGUGCAGCGGGUGUUUGAGCAGCAUGACCAGGACCAGGAUGGCGCCCUCUCGCCUGAGGAGCUGCAGAGCCUCUUCCGUGUGUUCCCGGCGGACCCCUGGGGCCCCGAGCUCUGGCACAGGGUCCGCACCAAGGCCGGCCGGCUGCCCUUGCACGGAUACCUCUGCCAGUGGACCUUGGUGGCGUACCUGGACGUCCAGCUCUGCCUCAGCCACCUCGGCUACCUGGGCUACCCCACCCUCUGCGAGCAGGACUCCCAGGCCCAGGCCAUCACAGUCACUCGUGAGAGGAGGCUGGACCAGGAAAAAGGACAGACGCAGCGCAGUGUCCUCAUGUGCCGGGUGAUGGGGGCCCAAGGCGUGGGCAAAUCGGCCUUCCUUCAGGCCUUCCUCGGCCGCAGCCUGGAGCACCAGGACACCGGAGCGUCCUCCGGGGGACCUCCCUACGCCAUCAGCACUGUGCAGGUCAACGGGCAGGAGAAGUACCUGAUUCUCUGCGAGGUGGGAGUGGACAGCCAGCUGGACGCCACCUGUGACGUCGCUUGCCUGAUGUUCGACAGCAGCGACCCCCAGUCCUUUGUGCACUGUGCCAGUCUCUACAAGCGCCACUACAUGGACAGCCAGACCCCCUGCCUCUUCGUCUCCGCCAAGGCCGACCUGCCUGAGGGUGCCGCCCCGCCUGGCCUGGCCCCAUUGGAGUUCUGCCGUAGGCACCGGCUGCCCGCCCCGGCCCCGUUUUCUUGCGCAGGCCCCACAGAGCCCAGCACCGCGGUCUUCACCCGGCUUGCCACCAUGGCCACCUUCCCACACCUGGUCCACGCAGACCUGUACCCGCCACCUUCCCGGCUCUGGAGAACACUGGGCCUCGUCAGUGCCGCCGUAGCCGCCAUACUCGGCCUCUUACUGUGCAGGGCCCUGGGGAAGAGCCGAUGA